AUGUUAAAAAGAAAUGUGUAAAUUUCUUGAGAAAAUGGCAAAUAAAACUGAACAUCAUAAUCCUGGAGUACAACUCCCAGACUACAGGGCGACUGUGUUUAGUGUUACAUAAAACUAGGUAUUUCCUGUUUCUGCCACUGUGACAAAUGUUCCUAUCUUAUAUCAGCCUGUUGGUAACGUUAUUCAACCAACAUUUUGUAGCUGCUGACACUUUGUUGUACCAGUUAUUACAGUAACGUCAAACCGCAGCCACCGUCAUAACUCACGAAUACGAUGAGGUUGCCACGGCGGAUCCUUGCAAUGCACACAGCACCCGUAAGGAGGGCAUCCUCAGUCCCUGCCGGUAUGGUGAGUUUUGUACCCGCCUGCAGCACCACUGAUGCCCACUCCCUGGAGCUGCUGCAGGACUUUGUGUCCCGAGCCAGACGCCUGUUUGUUAUCAGUGGAGCUGGACUCUCCACGGAGUCGGGAAUCCCUGAUUACCGCUCAGAGGGCGUCGGGCUGUAUGCUCGCACUGACAGACGACCCAUGCAGUAUGCGGAGUUUGUUCGCAGUGCAAAGUCCCGUCAGCGCUACUGGGCCAGAAACUUUCUCGGGUGGCCACAGUUCUCCACCCAUCAGCCGAACUCUGCACACAAGGCCCUGCAGCGGUGGGAGGAGAGAGGCAAGCUGCACUGGCUGGUGACACAGAAUGUGGAUGCUCUUCAUUCAAAGGCGGGACAGAAAAGACUGACUGAGCUCCACGGCUGCGCUCACAGGGUGAUGUGUCUUGGCUGUGGUGCCAUCUCAGCGAGGGAGGAGCUCCAGACACGAUUCGUAGCACUAAACCCAGACUGGAGAGCGCAGGCGGGUGGCGUGGCUCCGGACGGUGAUGUCUUCAUAGAGGACGAGCAGGUCCUCCAUUUCAGAGUUCCCUCCUGUGAGCAAUGUGGAGGAAUACUGAAGCCUGAGGUCACAUUUUUUGGAGACUCUGUGAACAAAGCGACGGUACAGUUUGUGCACGACAGACUGGGAGAGUCUGAUGCGGUGCUAGUCGCAGGGUCAUCGUUACAGGUAUAUUCAGGAUACAGGUUUUUACUGGCAGCGCGUGAUCUUAAACUCUCAGUUGCCAUCCUGAACAUUGGGCCCACGAGGGCAGAUCACCUGGCUGAGCUGAAAGUGAGCGGCCGCUGCGGUGAAGUGCUGUCAGUCGUUCAACCUCUCUGACUGUCAUGGACAUGCAGUUUGGAUAUUCUACAUCAAGCUGGUCGAAACUACCUCAGACCUAAACAGGUAAACAACGUGAUCUACUUCAGGAUGACUGUCUCAGCUGUUAGGUACGUUUUUGUGUCACGUAAAAGGAGCAAGCAGCAUCUGCACUACUCUGCCAGGAGAAUUCACUGUAUACGAUCAAAGUAGGGCAAAAACUGACGGUAUCUACUUUCACCUAUUUCAUGCAGAACAUGUGAAAAAAGUGUGCCUUCCUUAAAAAUUCAACUUCCAUGCACACAACAGAUUUGUGUCGAGUGGAUUAAUAUAUUGGUCCAAUAGAUGCAUCGCCUCUACCAGGGAAAACAAAAAGACUCGACUGAUGCUGUUUUUUUUAUGCUUCUGAGCCGAGGACAGCCGUGGUGUUAUGUUUUCGGGUUGUCCAUCCGUCCAAUUCUUGUGAACGCGCUAUUGACGGAAUGCCUGGAGUGAAUUUAUUCAACCUUGGCAUGAGGAUAAGAAUUUGGUGGUCAACAGUCACUGUGACCUCACAAACAUGUUUUUGGCCAUAACUCAUGAAUUAAUACGCUAAUUAUGAAAACAUUUCACUCAAAAGUCUAAUAAGAAAAAAUGAAGUUGACAUUUUAUAUCCAAAAGGUCAAAGGUCAACUUCACUGUGACAUAAUGUCAGAUGUUGAAGAUGUUUGCAGCACCAUCCGUAUUUGAAGCAUUGUCUACUGCCAUUGCUACAUUAGCGUCUGGACAGACAUGGAUAUAAACUGCACCUUGAUUGGUGGAGGCAUACAACUACGAGGAGGUGAUUCUAGUUCAUACGAAAUGAGCUACAAGCAAUACUGUAUUGUAUCGAAAAAAAAAUGGGUUAAGCUGUCUUCUUGUUUGUGGAAAUGCAUGCUGUUAUUGCACAAAGGUUAAAAUCGUGUUGUAGGUAAGACACAAAAAAAGGUGAUUUGACAAUGUUUUCGAAACUUUUUUAAGAGAUAACACAAAAAUUACGGCAAUCAGCUUGUAUUAAAGGGUGUGAUUUGUGCUACUGUAUCUUGGAAUUAUUUAGUUAGUUUGCUGACUUUUUUUUUUCUUCAAUUGUUGAAAGAAUGGAACUAUACAAGCACGAGGCUUGAAAUUACAAACUGAUCAUGUUUUACCUGAAACUGAUGCAAAUGUUAAUUAAAUGUCAUGACAAAAACA